AGUGCAUUUUCUGUCAAAGUGUCAAACAACCAUCAUCACCAUCGCACUGCAGCGAAAGAAGGCAAAAAACGUCGAUAUUCAGGAAAGUCGUGAUUUGUGCAGGGAUUUUGGGGAGGAAAUUUACUCGUAAUUUGGCUUGGAAAGCGGGUUUCGAAAGGGCUAAGAGACCGAUCAGCAGCCUAAGAGCAUGGACUCCUCGGCAAUGUCGCUGAAAUCCACGGAGGACAUUCCGCUGGCGGACGACGAUCUGGAAGUGAUCAUCAACGACGAUGACAGCUCCAAGUACAUGCAGAACGGGCGCUCGCUGGACUCGAUCGCCAGCUCGUACACCAACGGCAACUCCAGCCCGCGGCACUUCCUCGAGGGCGGCGAGUGUCCAGAUCCGGACGAGCAGGAGGAACGCGCCCGGCUCAUUUCGCAGGUGCUGGAGCUGCAGAACACGCUGGACGAUCUGUCGCAGCGGGUCGAGAGCGUCAAGGAGGAGAACCUGAAGCUGCGCUCGGAAAACCAGGUCCUCGGCCAGUACAUCGAGAACCUGAUGUCGGCUUCGUCCGUCUUUCAGGCCACGAACCAGCAGGGCCAGGCGUCCGGUUCCGGCUCGUCGUCCUCGUCGCAGAAGAAAAAGUAAGCUUUUCUCGACACCUCGAAUCGCAGACCAAAGAAUUCUCAAACGCAGCAGAAGACAGAGAAAGCAAAAAAAACUCGUUCGAUUUCGUUUACGCGCAGGAUAACAACACACAAAAAAAGUCCGUUUUAUUUACAUACUCACAACUAGAGAUUCGUCGCGUGCGCGCGCGCUGGUGCUAGGCAAUUGCGAACAAAAAAAAAACACACGAAACAAAACGCUUUGUAAAGACACACUCAACAUAAACACACACAGAACAGACACAGACUUGUAGAAGAGAUUCGCGGAAUCGCGCUUAUUUUUGCCCGUAAGAUAUAAAUCAAAAAA